GGACUACAAAGUAAAACUGUAUUUGGAUAAGGGACUGGGGGAUCAAAUAUCUAACUUCCUUUGCAUCUCUAAAAAGACACAAACUGCUGUGACUUUGUCUACCUCUACCACUCCACACAGGCUCCUCCUCCUUCCCUUCUCUUAGACUUUGCCCCUCUUACUGACCAGGCAGGGCGGGCAGAGUCCACGCUUGACUCAUCUCUCACUUUACCAGGGCUAAGACCUCAGCUUUAAAAAACCAAGACAUUAGCCUCCGAACAACAGAGACGACCCAGCCCCAAAGCAACAGGGAGGCGACUCAGCUUCUCCAUCCCUCUGCCAUGGAGUACCUUUCAGCCUUGAACCCCAAUGGCCUGCUAAGGUCAGUAUCCACUGUGAGCUCUGAGUUAAGCCGUAGGGUCUGGACCUCAGCUCCGCCCCCUCAGCGACCCUUCCGUGUCUGCGAUCAUAAAAGGACAGUCCGGAAGGGACUAACAGCUGCCACCCGCCAGGAACUGCUAGAUAAGGCACUGGAGACCCUGCUGCUAAGUGGAGUGCUAACGCUGGUCCUGGAGGAGGACGGGACAGAUGUGGACAGCGAGGACUUCUUCCAGCUGCUGGAGGAUGACACGUGCUUGAUGGUGCUGGAGCAGGGCCAGAGUUGGAGCCCCAAGAGUGGGAUGUUGUCAUACGGCCUAGGACGGGAGAAGCCAAAACACAGCAAGGACAUCGCCCGCAUCACCUUCGAUGUGUACAAGCAGAAUCCUCGAGACCUCUUUGGCAGCCUCAACGUGAAAGCUACAUUCUAUGGGCUCUACUCCAUGAGCUGUGAUUUUCAAGGAGUUGGCCCUAAAAGAGUACUCAGGGAGCUCCUUCGUUGGACUUCCUCCCUGCUGCAAGGCCUGGGCCAUGUGCUGCUGGGCAUCUCAUCCACCCUUCGCCACGCGGUGGAGGGGGCCGACCGAUGGCAGUGGCACCGGCAGGGUCACCUCCACUCCUAAUGAGAUGGUGCUUUGAGCCCAUGCUGAAAGACUGCUUCCAUGUGAGGGUAUUACAGGGCAUCAUCAGGUUUGGGGGUCUGCAGUGUACCCUAGGCAACCAAGUUGACUCCAUCUUAACACGUCAGCACACUGCCUUGAUCCUCUAGCCUGUACAUCUUCCCGAAGAACACUAACUAUCUUCCCUCCAUUCCUGCCUUCCGCUUAUCCUGCUGAGCCACAACCUUGUCCCCGAGGAACCCCCAUCCUGCCGUCACUGCUGCUUCAUCCAGGUUCUUAGUGACGCCUAUCCCUAAAAUCCUGCAAACCAAUGGCAACAGUCCCUAGCUUUACCUCAAGAUGCCUUUCCCCUAAAAAAUAAAAAUA